ACAGUAUAUCAGCGACUGUGGUUAGUUCAGAAAUCGCAACGAUAGAAAACAGCCUUAUCAACUGACCGUGUUUUGUUUUGUGCACCGCAACCUCAACUAAGCCAAAAAGAAGGAUAGGAGUGUUUUCUGCAGUAGUAUUUGAUGUAUAAAAUGUAAAUUACUAAACGGAAAAAUCUAUAACGAUGAACAAGGAAGGAAGAUUUUCUUCGCAAGAGUUGCAGCAUUAUCGUGAGCGGUUGAUAAAACAAAAAGAAUUCCUGAGUGACAUAUUAUCGAAAAUCGAGAAACAAAUAAUUGCAUUGCAGGUUGAACGAUUGCAUUUGAGAAAUACUCUGCUCGGCACAGAUCUAAAGCAAUCUAUGGAUGAAAAUUUAUUGUCAGAUUCGUUGGAAAAAAAUAACAGUGUGAAAGUUGAGCCAGGAACGAGUGAUAUUAAUUCGCAAGAUCUAAACGAUCAACAGUUGGACUUGUCUGUACCAGCAUCGAUAAAUCACUUUGAGGAAGAAAUUGAAGACGAUGAAACGUCUGAAGAUGAAAAGAUGAUAUUAAAGAAAUUUGAUUUUAUAAAUUACUAAUAUAAUUAUACCAAUAAUAAUUAACACCACAAUUAUAUUUAACGAUUGAUACCAUGCAAAAAAACUAAAUCUUCUAGAUUUACAUACCUUGUUAGGAUAUAAUGUUAAUUUAUUUGUACAAGGGUGUUGAAAUAAACUUAUAAUAAUUGUACUGUAAUGUCAUAUGAU